AUGUCUCAAAUGCGCCUUGAUUCAGUCCGAUCCAUGUACGAUGAGCGGAGCGAGCAGUACGAUGAAAACACUGUCCAUGUCCGGCAAGCGCAAGACUAUCUGGAAUGGGCUCAGCUGAAGAGAGGUGAAAGCGUCCUGGACCUAGGAUGGGGAACCGGCCUAGUGACAUUAGGAGCCAAGCGCGCCGUGGGAGAGUCCGGCCAUGUUGUUGGCAUCGACAUUAGCGAGGGAAUGCUGAAUGUCGCCAGCCGCAAGGCCGCCGCUGCCGGUCUCGAAAUCACCUUCAUCAACCACGACAUAUCAGAUCUCAGUAGCCCGGAAAUCCUUCCCAAAUUCUCCCGAAGCUUCGACGUCAUCACAUUCGGUAUUGUCCCCGGUGGGCGUCUUGUCACAGAUGUCCAAACAAAAGAUGCCAACCUUGUGAUGAACAUUUUUGCCGCCAUUGCGCCGGAAGUUGGCGAAUCGGUACCUUGGGAUGCGCAUCGGUGGCACUCACCGCAGGCACUUGAGGACUUGAUGGUCGAAGCCGGGCUCAAAGUUGACAAGAUCUGGGAGACAGGAUCGUACGCGACAACUCAAUACGACCCUGCCACGGCAUCCCAGAUCUACGAGCAGGCUGUUAGCAAAUCCAUGUUCAAGAACUUUGGCCGGGACGAAAUCCGUGAGAAGACGAAAGGCUUGUUCGUCGACAGGCUGGCAGAGUUGGCGGGGGCCUACGGGUUCAAUUGUUGA